UGAUUGAAAACAAAUAAAGCUUCAAAAAUGCCUUCUUCAGCGAGCAAGGUUACAUGGGGAGUGAUCGGAACUGUAUGCAGAUAAUCAGCCGCUAGCGCUAGCGCUUGCUCGAUCUUUGAGAUUGGAAAGGAAAACCAAAUUUUCUGUGAAAGCUGUAAUUUAUGAUGUCUUAAUCUCCUUAUGCUCGUCCAUACCAGUGUCUCUUUUCGUACAGUUAUUGGGAAAACCAUGGAGAUUGGAUGUAUCAUCAUCAUGAUAGAAUUAUUUUGACAAAGAAACUCAUUGUUUAAUCUUAGUUGAAAUGUGGAGUCUUAACUGGUAAUUCAUGUUUCGCGGCAAAAGCUGGUCGAUAGCGAGUGUGCAGAAACCUGGUCAACUUGUAAAAUCCGACUGAAGAAAUCACAGCUAAAAAUGAAGAAUCACGAAGAACUUCCGAUCCCGGUUUACAAUACACUGGAGCCUGUCUACGGCGAAGGGUCUCAGCUCGAAGAAGCUCGGCUUCGUUUUGACAAUUUAAAGUCCAAGUUUCUUACUAUUUUCGGCCACCCUCCUCAAGUCUUUGCUCGUUCACCAGGAAGAGUGAACUUGAUCGGGGAGCACAUUGACUAUGAGGGAUAUUCGGUGUUGCCCAUGGCAAUUCGGCAAGAUACAAUUGUCGCUAUUCGGAAAAAUGAGGACGAAAAGAUUAUUAGGGUUGCUAAUGUGAAUGAUGAGAAAUACACUCCUUGCACUUAUCCUGCUGAUCCUGGCCAGGAACUCGACUUGAGGAAUCACAAAUGGGGCCAUUAUUUUAUUUGUGGGUACAAAGGUUAUUAUGACUAUGCGAAACUCAAAGGAGUGGAUGUUGGUCAACCCAUUGGGAUUGAUGUCCUUGUUGAUGGCAUAGUUCCAACUGGUUCUGGACUAUCGAGCUCUUCAGCCUUUGUUUGUUCCUCCUUGAUUGCUAUUCUGGCUGCAUUCGGUGUAAACUUUCCAAAGAAAGAAAUUGCGCAACUUGCAUGUGAAUGUGAGCGACAUGUUGGAACACAAUCUGGGGGGAUGGAUCAGGCAAUCUCUGUCAUGGCCAAAAUUGGAUUUGCAGAGCUGAUUGAUUUCAACCCUCUUCGGACAACAGAUGUGCAACUUCCUGCGGGUGGGACUUUUGUCAUAGUCCAUUCUUUGGCGGGGUCUCAAAAGGCUGUCACUGCUGCUACUAAUUAUAAUAAUAGGGUUGUUGAAUGCCGUUUAGCUUCUAUAGUGCUUGGUGUAAAGCUAGGAAUGAAACCAGAAGAGGCAAUAUCAAGAGCAAAAACAUUGUCUGAUGUUGAAGGGUUAUGCUUAUCAUUUGCUAGCAGUCACAAAUCUUCUGAUCCUGUUUUUGCUGUCAAGGAAUUUUUGAAGGAAGAACCAUAUACAACUGAAGAAAUUGAGAACAUUACUGUGGAAAAGCUUACCUCAUUUUUUGGCAGUAGUCCUGCUUGUUUGAACGUGGUUGAAGUUGCUGAACACUACAAAUUACAUCAGAGAGCUACCCAUGUGUAUUCAGAAGCCAAGAGGGUACAUGCUUUCCAAGAAAUUGUAUCAUCAAAUUCAAGCCAGGAGGAGAUGCUGAUGAAGCUGGGUGAUCUCAUGAAUGAAAGUCACCAUAGUUGCAGUGUUCUUUAUGAAUGCAGCUGUCCAGAGUUAGAAGAGCUUGUAAACAUUUGCCGCCAAAAUGGUGCUCUUGGAGCUAGGCUUACCGGAGCUGGAUGGGGAGGUUGUGCUGUUGCGUUGGUGAAAGAGAGCGUUGUCCCACAGUUUAUUCUCAAUUUGAAGAAAAAUUUCUAUCAGUCUAGGAUUGAUAGAGGUAUCAUCACGGAAAAUGAACUUGACCUCUGUGUAUUUGCCUCCAAGCCAUCAAGUGGAGCUGCCAUUUUUAAGUUUUAGCUUUGUACUAUUUCUUCAAUACAAAAAAGGUCAAAAUAAAUAAAUAAAUAAAAAGGCAUAACAUGGAUCCUCCUAAGCUGAUCA